AUGGCUGCAUUGCCAGAGGUCAUUGACCUUUCAACACAGGCUAAUGUGCCACCCUCGUCUCAUCGCCUGCCGACCGUGUCUGCUUCGGAAGCUCUGCAAGAGUUGCAAAAUAACAGAUCUGGACCAUUGAAGACGGGCUUGCCUUUGCUCGACUCUUACAUAUCAUCUUCUGGUGGCAUCGAGCGAGGCAAGACGACGGAGCUCUGGGGUCCUGCUGGUGCUGGCAAAACUGCAUUUGGAUUGAACGCCGCAGCGCGUGAGCUGCUCAGUGGCCACAAGGUUACAUGGAUUGACGCAGCAACGCCACUCGACCAUGAUAGACUGCACGGCAUUCUGGAUCAUCUACGCCAGGCUGAGCAUGCUGACUCUACAAGCUGCGCCAGCAAAGAGGACUACAAGAAUGAUUUCCGCUCGUUCACAAACAGCACUCUAUCUCACUUUCUAGCCUUGAUCCUACAUACGUCACAAACCCUGACUCCGGACGGUAUCUCCUUGAUCGUCAUAGAUGGUAUCAACACACUCCUCGACAUCGACUAUCCUCGGACCUUGUUCGCCAGCUCGAACCGGACAGAGCAGCAGAAGUGGCAAGCUGGACGCCGCUAUGCUAUCCUGGGUACCAUCAUCAGUGCGCUCAACAAACUCGCCGUGAUUAACAGUAUCGCAGUCGUGGUCACGACUGGUUGCGGCUCGCGAAUGCGUACUGAUAGCGGUCUGGGCUCUUCUCUAGUCCCGGGUCUUGGUGGCGCUGAGUGGGAUGGAAGAGUGUGGAACAGGAUGGUGGUGUUUCGAGACUUUGGCAGCAGGUUCAUAGGCCUACAGAGGUGCCAAGGUCGAAGUCUGAUCAGUCGGGAGGAGAUCGGUGAAGUCGGAAAGCUGUUCCCGUUCGACAUUGACCAUAAUGGUCUGCUUCAGCAGAGUGCAAGUGCUAGCAUAACCGAUGGGCUCGAAGCAAAGAUCAUCAGCAGCCCGAUCAAGCCCCGAAAACGCACUUUCGACGAGGUGGCAGACUCUGAAGGUGAAGAUGUUGACGAGUAUGGCUGGGCAGACAUCGAUGACGAUGCAGUAGCAGUGCAAGGUGCUGUGGGGAAUACACCAGAUGGUGCUGCCGAGGAUGGUGCACAACAAGACACGAACACGACAAAUGAUUGA